UGGAGUAGAUACUUCCUUUGUUUGCUUUCGGAAAAAAUCUUUCUAUAGCAUUUAACUAUGAAGUGUGUUUUUCUUUUAUUGGGUCUAACUGCCUUUGUGGUCGUUCAGGUAAAUGCACUGAAACCCUGUUUAGGACAAGCAAAUUGCGAAGAUGAUGAAUGUUGUGUGAGAAUGAGUAGUUUUGUAAAAUUAUGUCAAAAAAGAGUAGAAAAAGACAAAGUGUGUAUGCCGAAGCCUGUGAAAGUACCUGUUUAUAAAGAAAUGUACGCACUAAGAUGCCCAUGUCAAGAAGGGUUAGAAUGCUUAAAAAAGGAAGAUAAAGUAAGUGCUGAAGAUGAAUAAC